CGCGCCGCUCGGCCCUCUGUCCCCAGCGCCGCCCCCCGUGCUCGCCCCGGUGGGUGUGGCCCGGCCUCUCCCGCGCCCGCCGCCGCCGCGUUUCGGCCUCCUCCCGCCGCCCUAGCUCCCGGUCCUCCGCCCCGAGGCCCAGGGCCCCUGAGCUGGUCAAGAUGUCCGAGGCGGCAGGAAACCUCAAUAGCCUCCGCAUGGCCAACGUAGCCCUGCGGGAAGAAUUAAAUGCCCUGCGCGGGGAGAAUGCCAACUUGGGCCUCCAGCUCGGAAGAGCCCUGGCUGAGGUUAAUUCCUUGCGGGGCAAUGUCUCGAGCUACAUCCGCUGGCCAGUGCCCAUAGUGCCCGUCCUUGCCGAGGAGAACUUUGAGUUCCCGCUCAGUGAGAUCGACGCCAUUCCCGAGGGAGAGCUGCCCUUCUUGUGCUGGCCUCCCCCGCGCACGGAGCCCGAGUAUGUCUCGGAUGAUCUUUUGAUUAACGUGAUCCAGGACUGCAGCACCCCGGAUGGGCCCACCGACCCUCCUCUGCUGCCCAUCCCUCCCCCACCGGCGGUGCCCCCGCCCGCGCCAAAGGAGCCGCCCCCGCAGGCCCCUCUGCCACCGCUGGAGCGGCCUGAGAUAGAGCCGUUUUCAGGUGACCCAGUCUACCUGGCUGAAUUCCUGAUGCAGCUAGAGACCUUCAUAGCUGACCAUGAGGAUCAUUUCCCCGGGGGCGCCGAGCGGGUGGCCUUUCUGAUCUCCUUUUUCACUGGUCAAGCCAAGGACUGGGCCAUCUCGGUCACCCAGGAAGGAAGCCCCCUGCAUGCCAACUUCCCGCGCUUCCUGGAUGAAAUCCGUAAGGAAUUCUGUGGUCCCAUCCCCCCACGUGUGGCUAAAAAGGCCAUCCGCAAGCUCAAGCAGGGACACUGUACCCUCGGCAGCUAUGCAGAUGCUUUUCAGUUCCUGGCCCAAUUCUUGUCUUGGGAUGACUGCCGCCUCCAAAAUCAAUUCCUCAAAGGCCUGUCGGAAUUCUUCCGCAAGGAGCUCUUAUGGUCAACUGAAAUGGCUGACCUGGAUGAACUGAUUCUCGAAUGUGUGGAGAUAGAACGAAAGGUGCGCAUCCCCAAGCCAAUCCCGCUCCCUGGGGUUCGCAAUGUCUUCUUCCCUUUUGCUCCGAGCCCUAAUGAGGAUGAAAGUGAAGAGGAAGAGUACUACAGUGAGGAUGAAGGCCAAGAGGCACGCAGGCGCAGGCUUCACCCCAAGGACCAGCGGAGGCGCAUGAGGGCUUUUCAGCAAGAGAUGAAGGAGGAGGAGGAGGAGAUGAAGGAGGAAGACAUGAGUAAGGAGGAGGAAGAGGAGGAGAUGAAACAGAAAGUGGAGGAGGAGGAGAUGACGAAGAACCAAGAUGAAGAAGAGAAUAAUGAUGAGGAAGAAGAUGAAGAUGAGGAUGGGGGCCAGAAACCAGAGCAGGAGCCAGGGCAGCAGCCAGGGCAGGAGCCAGGGAUGGCGGAGACCUAUGGUGAGGAGGAGGAGGAGCCCCUGGACGAGGCCCAAGAGGAUGACCUAGAUGACCUGAUGGAGAUGGAGCCGACCUUUGCUCACGCGUCAUCCCAGACUUCUGGCCCCGUAAGUGGCAACUACGCCGAAAAUUUCCUGGGUGCAUCGCCUCCCAUAAUACAGCCCAGCAGACGGAGGAACCAGAAUCGAGUCCCACUCCUGGAGGGCCUUCCAGGCACCAAUUCGCCAUUCUACAGCUCGCCACCGCUGAUUCGCCGCGCGGGUCGCCUGGGGCAACGCCAAAUUCGAAGACGCCCCCCAGUGCUAUUCCGCCUCACUCCGAGACAGGGGGGCCACCGAGCUGCUCGUGGCCGAAUUCGCGUGUGAGUGCCGGGGCGACAUGGCCACCCGGAACACACCCUUCUUCUGCGUCCCCCACCCCUGCUAUUGCUGCCACACCUGCCCACCUGCUGACCAGCACUUAAGGGAGUUCUAGACCUGCAGAACCGGAAGAAGACCUACAGAACUCCAGACCGUCUUGCAAGCAAGACCAGAGAGUGACAUGUGCCUGACCAGGGCCACUUGGGAAAGGAGGGAUGAGCAAUAGCUGCCCUGCUGGCAUGUACUCUGCUCAGUCCCGCCACAGCUGGAGAGAGGUUUCUGGGCCUGUUCCCAUAAAUGAACUGGUCGCCCUCUUGUAUUUCCCCUCUAGUUGUUCCUAACCCUCACCUCUCCUGCGUUUAUUUGCCCUGUGUUCUACAGUUUUAUCCUCUGACUGGCUCACCAGGACUUCACCCAAUGCCUCACUGAUCUGCCCCAGGGACCAAAGGACAGGCUACACUGAACUCCUAAAGCCACUGAGGCCAGUUACUAGAUGUAAUCGACAGCGAGCAGGUAUCAAGAAAUGUACCUAGAAGCCUCCACUCAUUUCAUGUCACGCCUCCAGCAGAAGGGCCUGGAAGAGGACCCUACAUGUAGUCCAGUGAGAGUGUGCAAAGCCACUUGUCAAAUGAACAACUAAGAUUUGUCCUUGACUGACUGUGUAAGCUAGUUCCGCUUCUGGCACUUGAGGGCCCUUGAACCAGCUUGCCAAAUCUGGGGCCCUCUCCUCUUACCACGCUGCCCUCCUGGGCAUCCCUGGUGGACAGUGCCCACCUUUCCUUGAUGUUGCCUAAAGGGUAGGCAGUUGUGGGGUGGGGGAGGAGGAAGAGGAGGAGGAGAAAGAAGCAGCAACAACUCAGUUUGCCAUUGUAAGGAGUGACUCUUGCCUUAGGAAUGGUGGUCUCCUCCCCCAGCCAGGCCUUGGACUUCAGCCCCCAGUCAAAGGUCUUUCUAGGAGACUUUCCAUCCUUGAGGUCACAGAGGAGGCCUAACUGGCCUUUCCUUCUGGGACAGCCAAAGAGAGGGAGGGCCCGGGGCCUGCUCUUUAACUCCCUUUGACUUCAAGGAUUCCUUAGUUCGGAGAGGAGAGAGAAAGGUUGGCUGUACAGAGACUGCAGCCCCUGCAGCCUUGCAGCUGGGACACCUUCAUGUCUCUCGAAUAGGGGUCAACCCCUGGCCUGCUGCUGUGCUUUGAUUAGACAGUGAGGCAUAAGAGGGUGACUGCCUCCUAGGAACUCCUAGGACUUCUGGGUACAAACCCAGGUGCCCUUAUAAAGAGACCUGCUGCUCACCUUGGGUCCAGAAAACACUGCUUUUGCAGUGAAAAAUACACGUUUACUAUGUCAGCUCUGGCCACAAAAUGCCAGCCAAACUGGAAAGCCCGAACUGCCCGGGACACUGAACUUUCUGCGCAGUGCCUGCAGCUGGGCAAGUGCAGCCAAAGUGUCUGUGGCCAGAGGGAGGGAACAGUCAAACCUCUGUUCCUGAUUGGAGUCUGACAGAUAACCUCAGCCCAGCCUUAGGAUUUGGUCCUGGCGGCAAGAGGAAGGAGCUGGAGGAAGAGGAGUCGCAGAGAAACCCAGUCCUCCGACUGGUUUCUGGUGAGGUCUCUGUUCGUCAUUGGGAGCUUAUUUCCUCAGGAGAGCAUUCCAGAAGGGGAACUGCUAUUCUUCGAGGCUGUGGACCCUGUUUGCUGGUGGCCGACACGCUGUCCCUGCUGUCCCACGUCCCUGUGGAGGAGUAUGAAGGACAGGUGCCUUGCACCCCUACUUCCAGGGAGCCCUCAGCACAGGUCCCGCCUGUUCCCAUGGUGCUUCUCACCCUGAACCCUCGGAGCCUCAACCAGGGACAGAGUGGAUGAGCAGUGAGCUGGUUUCCGACCCUCUGGGGGCAGGAGGGGCUUGGGCUUCCCUUUGACCCUCUUCCCCGCUUUCCCAGAUCUUCAAUAUUUGUUGUGAUGUAACAGCCACAAGAGCUGCAAGAGGAACUAUGGGCUUUGGGCGUUUUUCUUGGGUUGAAAGGGGUUGGGGGAGAGGAUGCAUGCGGGGCAUGAAGGCAGCCCAAGGACUCCCAGAGACUCGGAGGACUCAUCUGAGAUAAAUGUGUUAUUGUGUUAUUGUUGCAUUACUGUGUUGUGAAAAUAAGAAAUUGCUCUGUAUGCUAAAGCUUUCUCUCCUCAAUAAAAAUACAAAGGGUGUGUAAA